AUAUGACCAUUGUAAAACUGAGAAGUGACAACUUGUUGACAUCUAAAAAGACCCACACGAUUCGGUUCUUGCCCUUGGCGAACAACAAGUGGCUAUAUAAGAUUGCAGUCAGCCGGUCGGGAAAAACAAACCGAAGAUAUGUGGCUGCCGCUUAUCUUUAUUGCCUGUCUAGCCGGCGCAAGCAACGGAUCCGUGGGUGGCGAUGAGCAGAUGCCGGUGGAGCAGGGCUUUGUGCCUCGCUAUACUCCGGUGGCCGAGAGCAAGCGACAGGAUUUGGAUUUACCCGCUGAAGUGAGCGUGGAGCAGCAAAAGAGACCCACUGCCGGCGAUAAGAAACCCUGGCGACGAGUGCAGUACGGCUACGAUGGAGUGCAAUCGACUGCGUGGGCUGCUCCCUCACCUCCAGCAGCCAUUCUGUCCAUUCUGAAUCCCCUGCUCGCACCCGGACUGCUUCUUCUGGGUGUCAAUUUGGGAGCAUUGCUCUACAUGCUGCUGGGACUCCUGGGACUGGCUCCUCAUCGCAGUGGCAGCCCCAGUCGGAUUGUCUCGCACCCGGAAACCAGUUCUCAGUUCUGGCCAGACGAUCAGAGCUUCUACCACCGAGACAGACACAAUCUGGGUGAGGGCAAGGAAACGGCUGUAUAUUUUUAG